UAAAGACGGAAGAUAAAAGGACCGUCAGACGAAACUAUCGCAGGGCGUUCAUUUAAAUCGACUCCCAAAAACAAAUGACUUACUAGUUUCACACACGGAGCGGACUUAAAACUUGUCUUAAACUCCUCCCCGUGAGACGUAUUUGUCUUCCACGCGGUGGGGCGUGCGAGCGAGACGGCUGUUGUGCUAGCUGGUCAAGAGUCAAGGGUAGCUGGUUUUUUUUUUUUUUUUUUGUCCCCCCCCCCCGACCUAAACUUUGACGUUUUCACAGCGGUUCUGUGUGCUGGUUCCCAACUCCCAACAUCAUUAUGGGAUCCCGGGCGUCUACGUUACUUCGCGAGGAGGAAAUUGAGGAAAUCAAGAAAGAAACAGGCUUCUCGCACAGCCAGAUCACUCGUCUGUACAGCCGCUUCACCAGCCUGGAUAAAGGGGAGAACGGCACCCUCAGUCGAGAAGAUUUCCAGAGGAUUCCGGAGUUGGCCAUCAAUCCUCUGGGUGACCGCAUCAUCAAUGCUUUCUUCCCAGAAGGGGAAGACCAGGUGAACUUCCGAGGCUUCAUGCGCACGCUGGCCCACUUCCGGCCCAUCGAGGACAGCGAGAAGAACAAGAAUGCAAACGUCAGCGAGCCGCUCAACAGCAGGACCAACAAGCUGCUGUUUGCUUUCCGUCUUUACGACCUGGACAGAGACGACAAGAUCUCGCGGGAUGAGCUGCUUCAGGUGUUAAGGAUGAUGGUGGGCGUGAACAUCUCUGACGAGCAGCUGGGAAGCAUUGCAGACAGAACCAUCCAGGAGGCCGACACUAACGGAGACAGCUCCAUUUCCUUCAACGAAUUCAUCAAGGUGCUGGAGAAAGUGGACGUGGAGCAGAAAAUGAGCAUCCGCUUCCUGCACUGAUGACUUUAGGAAAUAAUCACGUCCGGACAUUUAGUUUUGUGUUUGUUGUUUGUUUUCUCUCCUGUGGUCUCAUAAGAGCAGGUGACUGUGGUCCUCGCCUCUCGUAGAAAGACGCUCUCUCACGCGGGGGGGAAAAAAAAAAACAACAACAACAACUUAGGGAAACGUCUUUGUGCUGCUCCACAUGCGCAUGUGCCUUGAUUUUAAUUUUUUGUUUUAUUUUGUUUUGAUAUGCAAUUUCUUUCUUCCCGGUACUGUGAGGACCACAGUCGCUGCUACUGUUCACACGCUACAACCAAUAGAACAAAAGGAAAAGAGAGUGUUUUUAAUGCACCGUUUUAAAGGCGACAUAUUCCCCCCCACUGUUUAAUCUCUAUAUGUUUGGACCAUACUUUGUUCAAAAUCCCCCAAGGAUCAUGAAUUAACAACAUAUUUGUACAGCGUAUCUCUUGCCAUGGGGAAAGCAACUCAUUUGAGGGGCAUAUAUGCAGUGUGUGUAUAUCUUCCAUUGCGUUAUCACUGGAAAUGCAGCGCCAACCCCAAACUGUCUUAAAAUAAGUACAGUAGGAUGUUUUCACUAGAAAUAAGAUAAAUUCACUUGAUUUUGCGUUUUUCUCAGUCCAACUAAUGUACAGCGUGGUACUCAUGGCCAAACGUUAAUACCGAACCACCACCACCUUCACGUCAACAACUUAGCCGAACAUGAUUAUGAUAAUAUUCCAAGAAGCUAAUUGUGCAACUCUGCUUACCUUUUUGGCGUUGACAUGAUAGUGCUUCGACCAAAGUGGUUCUUUCGCUCUGGAACUUUGGGCGGGGCAGGGGUGCUUAUUGUGUUUUCCCCCACUGUUAGGUCACAGUGAGGCUAAUUGACAGGAACUCCAGAGACAACCAUUUGGAUACGAUAUCAGUCAGUGUUCCAUAAUGUCUCCUUUAAAGAUCCUUUUGCCCUUCUUUUCCCUAAGCUUACAUGAACGACAAAACUGCCAAUCACUUGGAAUGACUCUCUUCAGUGGUUGUGCUAAGGAACAUUUUACGAUUGAUGUCACUUGAUAAUAAAAUGUGGUCCAGCAAACGCUAAUGUAACAUGUUACGCCGUAUAUGUUUUUAUCUAAAGCAGUCUGUGUGUUUGAACUAGAUUGCAUGUUCAUGAUGCAUUUGACUCUUAAUUGUGCCACUAAUUCCACAUGCUAAAAUCAAUCAAAUGCUACAUUAUUUCCUGUGUCGAGCCUAAUAUAAUAAAAAAUUGUGAAAUAGUUCAAA